GCGGCCAGGGCUCACCAUGGUGGCAGCGCGCGCCGAGUGCCCGCGCGUCGCCGGCCGCCGGAGCCGCAACGCUGGCUGAGAGCUGUCCACGGAAGCCCCCCUCUCCUGCCCGUUCCCCGCUAGGCCCACGCGUCCCUUCCGGCCGCUGCUGUCUAUGGCGCAGACCCCCUCCCUGGAUCAUGCACAGAAACUUUCGCAAGUGGAUUUUCUACGUGUUUCUCUGCUUUGGCGUUCUUUACGUGAAGCUCGGAGCGCUGUCGUCCGUCGUGGCCUUGGGAGCCAACAUCAUCUGCAACAAGAUCCCCGGCUUGGCCCCACGGCAGCGCGCCAUCUGCCAGAGCCGGCCCGAUGCCAUCAUCGUGAUCGGGGAGGGGGCCCAGAUGGGCAUCAACGAGUGCCAGUACCAGUUCCGCUUCGGACGCUGGAACUGCUCUGCCCUCGGCGAGAAGACCGUCUUUGGGCAAGAGCUCCGAGGAGCCGUGAGGCGGCCUUCACGUACGCCAUCACCGCAGCCGGCGUGGCCCACGCCGUCACCGCCGCCUGCAGCCAGGGCAACCUGAGCAACUGCGGGUGCGAUCGCGAGAAGCAGGGCUACUACAACCAGGCCGAGGGCUGGAAGUGGGGCGGCUGCUCCGCCGACGUGCGCUACGGCAUCGACUUCUCCCGCCGUUUCGUGGACGCCCGCGAGAUCAAGAAAAACGCCAGGCGCCUGAUGAACCUGCACAACAACGAGGCCGGCAGGAAGGUCCUGGAGGAGCGCAUGAAGCUGGAGUGUAAGUGCCACGGUGUGUCGGGCUCCUGCACCACCAAGACCUGCUGGACCACGCUGCCCAAGUUCCGCGAGGUGGGCCACCUGCUGAAGGAGAAGUACAACGUGGCGGUGCAGGUGGAGGUGGUGCGGGCCAGCCGCCUGCGGCAGCCCACCUUCCUGCGCAUCAAACAGCUGCGCAGCUACCAGAAGCCCAUGGAGACGGACCUGGUGUACAUCGAGAAGUCGCCCAACUACUGCGAGGAGGACGCGGCCACCGGCAGCGUGGGCACGCAGGGCCGCCUCUGCAACCGCACCUCCCCCGGCGCCGACGGCUGCGACACCAUGUGCUGCGGCCGCGGCUACAACACCCACCAGUACACCAAGGUCUGGCAGUGCAACUGCAAGUUCCACUGGUGCUGCUUCGUCAAGUGCAACACGUGCAGCGAGCGCACCGAGGUCUUCACCUGCAAGUGAGCGCCUCCGCCCCGCCUCGCCCGCGGCCCCGCCCACUCCCCCCGCGGCCCCGCCCCGCGGCGCUUUGCACAUCUGCUCCCGGCCACUGGGCUGUGGGCAGAGGUGGGUGGAGAAGGUGGGAGCCCCCGGCGCUGGAGGGCUCCCACGGGCCGAUCACCCUCUCUCUGCCCUCUAGGGCCUCCCUCCUGCCAUUCCUGUCCCUUGCCAUGGCGGAACAGUGCCCAUCACCUGGCCGAGAGGGGGCAUGGGUGUCCCGGGACCCGCCCAGUGAAUUUUUUUCUUUUCUCGGGGAAAGUGAACCUCAAGGACACACACAUACCCCGGAAAGCAAAGCGACAAGACUCUGAGUGUUCUCCUCCCCCACCUGGUGGUAUGGACACAGAAAAACUGCUUCCCAGGCUGCAUCAGUCGCUGGGCUCUGGGGUGGUCUGGGCAGAUGUUGACAAAAAUUAUUUAUGUUUUCUUAGUAUCAGAAGAGGAUUUUAGCAUUAAGGCGUAGCCGGUCCUAAUUCCGUACUCUGUUGGCUCAUCCCCUGGCCACCCUCUGCUUCCUGUUCUGGCCUCUGGGUACCCGUGGAAGCAUCUCUGUGUAUGACUCUGUCCCAGGGGGAGGUGGCAGUGCAUGUGGUCCCCAGGUGAGCUGGGCAGGGGCUUGGUGGCCGACAUGACCCAAGACAGCCUCUGAGGAGCACCAUGGACAGGGAUCUCUGGCCCUCUCUUCCCUUCUUUUUGAAAUUCAUAUCUAACAAAUCAAAAUGUCACCCACGUCAGGUUUCAGGGGUCCUGCAUCCCCUCCCUAAUGCUGUUGCCCUUCCAAACCCCUCACUGGCCUGGCACCCCCUAGUUUACGAGCCCCCUCCCACCCUGGAGCCAGUCGGACCCCCAGGACAGUGCUGUGCCGAGGCAAGCUGGUGGAAUGGGGGAUAGUUCAGGGUGUUUGCCUUAUUUGACAAAUGCAGACAGUGAGGCCCAGAAUGGCUCAAGCAUGAGCCAGAGAUCCCCAAGGCCGUGAGUGGAGGCUCCUGCCUUGGCUCAGGCUUACUGACCCCUAUCCCAGGGCUCCUGAUCUUGAAGGAUGUGCUCUGGGGAUGCCCAGGUGAGAGGCAGCCCCCAGGCCUUGAAAGAUCUGGCCACGCCCCCUCUGCUGCCAGCCUCACUGGGGUCCACGCCCCCUCGAGGUGCCUUUGAGGGUUUCUCUGGUGGUCUCCUUACCCAGUCCUGGUCCUCUCGUCCUGAUCCAGAUGCUGAGGAGACUCAGAUCCAGGGUGUCUGCUCUGCCGGGGUCCCACUUGCUGUCCCAGCAGAUACCUGCCCUCCAGACUUCCCCACCACCACAGCCCGCAUACCAUGCAGACCCUCCCUUGGAGUCUGAAUCACCCCACAACCUGGGGGACAGGCAUGGAAAGAGGUCCUGCUUGGUUCUAGACCGUGUGUGGGUUGGGAGAGCUUGGGAGCCUGGAAACUCCGGGCUGGACGUCUCUGCCAAUGCUCCCACUCUCCUUGGGGUGACUGAGGCGCAGAGAGAGUGACAUGUCCAGGGCCAGAAACGAUGGUGUGCAGCCGGCUUAUGGUGCACCCUGCACUGCCCACACACUCGUCCCCGCCCUGAAUUUAGGGUAUUUUCUCACAGAAGCCCAUGGAAAUGUGUCCUCAAGCUAGUGAUCAGUCAAGUGGGCUGGACGUUAGCCUGGGUGACUGACACUGGGCCCUGGACCUGGCGUCCAUCCUGCCUGCAUUGAUGAUGCCAGGACACUCCACAAGCUGCUGUCCUGGGAGCUUCCAGGCCACUGUGAAUGCCCCCCGGUCCCCUUUCCCCCAACCUUGGGUCCUAGGACACCCCUGCCUAGCAUCCUCUGCCAAGGAAACUGGUUAACUUAUAUUGUUAUAUAGCGUCGAAAUGUCUAUAGUGUCUUUUAAAUUAUUGUGACCUACACUGGGUACUGGGGGCGGGGGGGAAUGGCCGAGCUGUUCCCGAGCCAGGUCCCUCCUUCUGCUUGAAACAGACCCUUGGACCCUUGGUGGCCCCUGAUGCCACCAAGUCAUCCCACUGUCCCUCGGCCACCAGGUGCCCCUGCCAAUACCCCACCCUCCCUGCAGAGUGUGCCAGCAGCAGCCCUUCCUUUGGGUAGGGGUGAGGGUGAGGGUGGCACUGUGGCCCAGGUGGGAUGGUGGUGGCCGAGGCGCUGCGUGUCCCUGCAGUGUCCCUGCAGUGUCCCACUCCAGGAGACCUGGCGGGUUUCUGACGGGCUGUGUCUGGCCUCCCCGGGAGGGGAGCGCUCAGCUCCAAUAAAGCUGGAACCAGAGGA